AUGGCGCCGUUCCGCAACUUCUUGUCCAGGAAGUCCACUGCCCCCAAUGGCGGGGAAGUCAGUGCCGCUCCCAACGAUAACUCUGCUAGCCAUGCCUCACUCGACACUCAUGGCUCGAGUCCUUUGAACUUCAGGAAGAGUUCGGAAAACGAACCACCUGAAUAUAAACUCAGUGUCGUCGACGCCAAUGGAAUCUACCAUCCCCCCUCACCUCCAGAGAAACAGGGCUUCUGGCGCAAGUACCCUGGUUCCCCGAGAUCCUCGCACCAUCGCGAUCUCGUAAAUGAGAACGAACCCUUCUCGAUAUCUCGCGAGUCAUUCGAUUCGUAUCGCCGAUCAUUUGAUAUCUCCGCCCGAUCACCCGUAUGCUAUACCGAUGCGAUGCCAUCUCGAACCUCGCUCGACUCUCGAGUCUCCCAUAUAACAUCAACACCAUCUACGCUAUACUCGAAUCUAAGCAAGCAACCGGAAGCCAUGGAAGAAGAGCAAUACGAAGAGGUUGCGCUCGACGACGAGGAGGUCAAACCGAAGCGGAAGAGCAUCUUCUCUCGGUUCGGUGACUUCACAAACGACUCCUCCCAGAACUCUAGUACCUCUAAAUCUUCGACUCUUGGAUUUCACAUUCCGGGCCGUAAAAGAGGCCCAAGCAAUCCGGGCUCAGAGCUAGGCACUUUCAAAGCACCGCCGGUUAAUGCGGAAUCGGAAGUGCAUGAUGCGUGA